GACAUGUAUAGAAAGAGAAUUAUUCUGCUGUCGGUAUUAUCGAUGUUAUGGCGAACAAGAAGUCCGAUUUGUUCUUCAAGUUGCUGUUGAUCGGCGACAGUGGAGUCGGCAAGACAUGUAUUAUAUUCAGGUUUGCUGAUAAUACCUUCAAUCCUUCGUUUAUUUCUACUAUUGGAAUUGAUUUCAAGAUAAAAACUUUAGAGCUUGGUGGCAAGAAGAUUAAGCUACAGAUAUGGGAUACUGCAGGACAAGAAAGGUUUCACACAAUCACAACUGCCUAUUAUCGUGGAGCAAUGGGUAUAAUGUUGGUGUAUGAUGUUACAAAUGAGAAGUCUUUCUCAAAUAUAUCCAAGUGGUUGAAAAAGAUUGACGAUCAUGCGAAUGAAGAUGUGAAAAGAAUGCUUGUUGGUAAUAAAUGUGACAUGGAUGACAAGCGGGUGAUAUCAAAAACCAAAGGAGAACAACUCGCAUCGAGUUACGGUAUAAGUUUUAUCGAAACCAGUGCGCUUUCUAACAUAAACGUUGAAAAGUCUUUUGUUGUUCUAACUGAGGAUAUACUCAACGCUGUUUGUCCGCCGACAGUGGAGGAGACAGAAAAAGGAAAAGGCAAGAAAAAGAAGAUGAGAUUAAAGAAUGAAGAAGGAGGAUAUCAAAAGAAAUGCUGCCUUUAGAUGAUGGCCUUCUGACAUAGUGAAUGUGUUUUGCUCAAAUAUUUUUCUUCUGGCUUCACUUACCAUCCACGAGGGAUAGUUACUUAGGUAAACAUUUUAGGCCAUGUACGAGUGCCUUGAACCUUUAUUGACAUUCAAUGGAAGGCGUGGGUAUUAAAAGUAUCAGGCAAUAUCCCUAUUCUUUUAUUUGUAUCUCGUCAAUUGGAAUCCUUCCUCAUCCACUGGUAAACAAACGAUAGAUGCGGGCGUCUUUUAAGUAAUUUAAAAGUAACCUUUCCCUUUUCUAAGAUUCCCUUCUCUUGUUAACGCUUGAAUGCUUGGAGGAGAGGGAAAGGGGCGUAGCUGGCAUUUACUGUCAAUGCGGUGUAUGCAUAAAAAAAUAUUAUACGCCAAAAGGUGUUGGCCGAAAAGGGGUUCGCGCACCCCUGCGCCUGAACCUGGCCGACCUUAGGUCAAAAGCGCUAGGGUGAUAAUAGUCGCUUAUAAUAUCCAGUAAGAUUGGGAGUCGACUCAUAUUUAUACUCUGGUUAAAGGACAUCACUAUUUCGGUAUUUUGAAUAAUUCAGUAGAAUUAUCGGGAAAUAUUGUAUCUUGUAAAAUAUUUGAAUGAGCGAAACUCUCACGAAAAUUUCUAUGCCUGCUUCAUUAUAUUCUAAUGGCUGUAAAUGUAUUGUGACUAACUUGCAAAAUCAAUAUUUCAAAAUAUCGCCAAAAUAACAUUUAUUUUUUUAAAAUAAAAUUGAGACAAAUUAUAAUUUUAAGUGUGUUACAGUAUAGUUAUAUUUUGCACAAGGGCCAAAAGCGCUCACUACGCGAAAGAAAUAGUAGAACGAAUGAUAUGAUAAUAGUAGUAGAACGAAUGGCAUAAUACAUAAUAAAGUGAUUUUGAUAGUGA